ACAAGCGUAGUAGAGCACACCGAUCAGUCCGACAUAGACGCACCACAUCCCACCUAUGAAAUAAACGGCCUCUAUAUCCUCUUAUGCUCUAUCUACCAUCUACUAAACGACAUCGACUCAACCAUCUGGUGCUUCGAACAUCUAUCCAAACAGACGUUUGUCUACGAUCCAUUGCUUCUCCGGGCCCUUAAGAUAGGAGUGUUAGACCCUGUACUGCACGCGUAUUUUCUCGAACGUCUUCGUCAGAUCCCAAUAUUCGAUUCGGUGCGAUUCCGCGAGAGAAUCACUUGCCGAGUAUGGCUCAAGGGAGCUCUCUUUGCGCUGGAUGACGAAGGGUAUAUCAUGCUCACUAGCAGUGUGUAUGAUAUCGAAGCCGAGGCGAGAAACCUCACGUUUCGGAAUAAGAGCCUGGGGAGGCGGACGGUUGAGAGGAACUGUGGGAGUCAGGUUUGA